UCAGAUUGUUUUUGUUUUGAUUACGCUUGUGUCUUCGUCUCGAUUUGUCAGCCACAAACAAAAUAUUAAGACUUAGUGCUUGCAAUAUUACGAUAAUGUUUAAACUACAAGUUUUAUUAUAAGACGCGAUAUCCUAGCUCCAGUCUAGAGAACAUUAAAGGUAUCAACAACCGGAAACAGCUGCCUAUUUGUCAUGGAGAGCACCACCAGUAUGGAAUGUCGGCUGUGUCUGGAAGCGCUUUCGGAACCCAAAUGGUCAAUCGAACAACCGGAGCUCAAGCAACAACUUGGCCAGGUGUUCCGUUUUGUGAUCGAAAUCCAGGCCGGGUUUCCCACCGACAUUUGCAUCGCCUGUUUGACAAUGGUCGAAGAGUUCUACCUAUACUCGGAGCGGGUCCGAUGCAAUCAGGACAAACUGGCCGCCCGCCUUAAACCCCCGGUGGGUGAGAACCAUCCGAUCAAAUCUGAAACACUAGAUGAGCUAGAUAUCAAGGAAGGCUCCAUUGACGAGCUAUGCAAUGAUAACACAUUUGACAACGACUGUACCGAUGACGUUUUUGUGGAAUCUUUCGUAGCGAUAGAGAUCAAAGCGGAACCACCAAACAAGCGAAAAACCAGAUCUCAGCAGAAACUCACGGAAAAUGACAAUGAAGUGAAAUCUAAAAAGGAUAAAAGACAAAAGAGUAAGACUGAACGGAAACGCACAGAAGAACUAAAAGUAGAAAAAGAAGAAGAUCAUUUAGAUGAAAUGAAAGAGGAAAUGUCCGCACAGAGUAGUACAGACGAUGAGGACUCACUGGAGGAUGAAUAUGAACCAGACCAAAAUAAAGCAAAAACACAAAGAAGGAAUCCAAAGCACGAUUCGGCAAGGCAGAAGAAACAAACCAAGAAAAACGAAUCUUCAAGCAAAGAGCAACGACAACAAGAUGAUAUCCGUAUACAGGAAUUUUAUGAAAUGGUGUGCGAUCUUUGUAAUGAUAAGCUGCCAGAUAUGUCCUCCUUGCGGAAACACUUCCGGGCGGAACAUGACAAGGCAGCAUAUAUCAAGUGCUGCAAUAAGAAGCUGAUGAGACGGGGAACUAUGGUUGAUCACAUUUUGAUUCAUGUGGAUCCCAAGACGUACCGUUGCGAGCCAUGUGAUAAAACCUUUAAAGGCAAGAGGUACCUGCAAGAGCACCUGGAAAAUGUACAUGGAAGCAUCGAGGAGCGCCCGUACAAGUGCGAGAAAUGUGACCGAUAUUUUGCGAAGGAAUCGCUCCUUAAAACGCAUAUUUCCAAUCACAGAAAGGUGCACUGCUCUCAAUGUAAUCAAGAGUUUCCCAAUUCACGAUUCUUGAAUGAGCACUUGAAGACGGCCCAUGGCAAUGCGCAUUUGACCAGGGUUUGCGAUCGAUGCGGAAAGUCGUUUUCGGGGCCAAGCGCACGAAGUGGCCUCAAGCAACACAUCGAAGGGGUUCAUUUGAAGCUGGGCGACAAAACGAAACACCAGUGUCCCCUUUGCCAGAAGUGGCUGCUGGGAAAGCGUUGUUUGACGGUGCACAUGCAACUACACAGCGAGGUAGGCCUUCCGCAUAUUUGCAACAUUUGCAAUCAAAACUAUCCACACUCGAGAGCACUGACCCGGCACAAGCGCUUUGUACACGGAGAGCUGAAAUUCGAAUGCGAGUUUUGCGGCAAGAAAUUUAGGAAAUCAGUUGCUUUGAAGGAACACCGAGCGACCCACACCGGAGAGGCGUUGUACACGUGUAAGAUAUGUGGGUCCACGACAAAUUCCAACGCCAGCUACUAUUCACACAUGAAGAAGCAACACCCAAUCGAAUGGGCAGAGCAGAAAUUAAAAGCGGAAGAGGCAAAUAGGCCUACCGCCGAGCCAACUAUGACCUUGGAUGUGUAAGGACGCGAUUGCGAUAUUUAGGGGAGUCUCAUACACUUGAUCAUAUUAGGAAUUGACAAUUGUCUGCAUGAAUAGUGCGAUAUGCUGAAGAGAUUUUAUGGUGAAAAGUAACUUUUUGUGUAAAAGUAGGAUUACCUGGUUAAAAGAAAUUUGGAUGAGAAAUUCUUUUAACUUUCUUGAAAUUAUCAGAAUAGCAGAGAAUUUUUCUCAAUUUUCUUCGAAUGAAGUAUCGUAGCGUCUGCCUUGAUACUAACGCAAAAAUAUCAACCCUCUCUUUUCCACGAC